AUGGCUUAUCGUGAUCACAGACGCUACCGCUCUUCCUCGUACUACGACGAAGACGAUUACCCAGACCAAGAAUUAUCUGACGAUAUAAUCGCAGAGUCACGGCGAUACCAGAAUUCGAGGGAUCAACGAGAAAACAGAGAACAAAAAGAGAGCAUGAGCUCGUGGCUCCAGAGGCAGGCUGGCACUCACAAUGUCCAGCUUGCCGCUGCGGCAAUAGUGUCUGGAGCUGCUGUCGCUGCAGGCAUAUUCGGCUACCAAGCAUUGAGAAGACGCGAAGCCGUUGAAACACUCAAGGCUUCAAUUCCACGGCUCGAUGAGCAGCAUCGCACAGAGAUCCUCAACGAAUUCGGCACUGUUGGCCCUCUGCCAGCACUAAGCAAGGAAGAUGAGCGCAGUGCAGCUCUUGCGCGACGAGCACAACAAGGAGAUUACGAUGAAGACCUUAUACUCGAGCAACUCGCCAGAAACCGAGUCUUUCUGACCGAUGACGGCCUUGAAAAACUUCGCUCGUCGUUUAUAAUUGUCGUUGGUUGUGGCGGUGUUGGUUCCCAUGCAACCGCAGCUUUGGCUCGGUCUGGAGUGGCCAAGAUACGGCUUAUUGACUUUGAUCAAGUCACACUUUCAUCCCUGAAUCGACAUGCACUCGCUACGUUGGCGGAUGUCGGUACGCCCAAAGUUCACUGUAUACGGCGCCGAAUGGAGCAGAUUGUGCCGUGGGUGCACUUUGACUGUCGAAAUGAGUUGUUCGGCGCAAAUGUGGCUGACACACUCCUCGCUCCGUGGACGGGUAAAGAAUCUAAUGGGCAGAAACCGGAUUAUGUCAUUGACUGCAUCGACAACAUCGAGUCCAAAGUCGAACUGUUGCAUUACUGCCAUAAGAAUUCCAUAAAAGUCAUUUCGUCCAUGGGAGCAGGUUGCAAAUCUGACCCGACCCGUAUCGGAGUGGCUGAUAUCUCUGUGAGUACGGAGGAUCCACUAUCUCGAAGCACUCGUCGGCGCUUGCGUGUUUUGGGUGUGGCUUCCGGAAUACCGGUUGUGUUCUCUGUUGAAAAGCCAGGUCCCGGGAAAGCGUCCUUGUUGCCUCUUCCCGAGGAGGAGUUCGCCAAAGGAAAGGUUGGUGAAUUAGGCGUAUUACCUGACUUUCGGGUCCGGAUUCUUCCUGUGCUUGGUACGAUGCCUGCUGUUUUUGGGUAUACCAUAGCCAACCAUGUGAUUUGUGCUGUUUCUGGUUAUCCUAUCGACUACAGCCUGGCAGCCAAGAAGCGAGAAAAGCUCAGCGAUACUAUGUAUUCACUCCUACAGAGCACAAUAGAAAGGUUGGUCAGAGCAGAAGUCAAAGACAACGAGCUUGUCGGACUUCGCAUGCCACUCAGUAAGGAGGAAAUUGGUUAUAUCGUCGAUGAAAUCUGGCGCGGAAGAAGCGUUGUUAGCGGCAUCUCCAACCGCUUGGUCCUUGUUCCCUGGAAACGGCCAGUGGAAGGUUUCAGAGUAAACCCGCAAUGGGAGAAAGACGGGCAAAAGCUCGUUGCCAUUGAUUGGAGAAACCUGGUUUGCAUGACGAAGGAAGAAGCUGUACAACACGAAAGAGAAGUUCUUUUGGGAAGCAAGACUGUUGAAGAGGUGUACGAUGAUAAGGUUCUACAGUUGAUUGACGCACGUUUGAAGGAGGCGGAGAUAUAUGAACGGUUUAGGUAG